AUGCUAAUAUUAUAUCUAUUAUCCAUUUUUAACGUCUUUAUUUCUGUAAAUUCCGUCAAUUUGGGUGAUUUGAAACUGGUGCUGGUACAAGCGAUUUGGAGACAUGGUGACAGAGCACCUCAGACGCCUUUCAGAACAGAUCCUAUCAAAGAAUCGGAUUGGAUUUUUGGCGGUGGCGGAUACGGCGAAUUGACACCGGAUGGAAUGCGACAGCAUUUCAAAUUGGGAAGAGCGAUUCGUGAUCGAUACAUCAGCGGUACGUUUAAAUUUCUACCGGAAACCUACGAUUCCAAAAAGAUCCAUAUUCGAUCCACAGACCGAAAUCGUACCAUUAUUUCGGCGUUGUCUAACAUAUACGGAAUGUAUUCUGUGAACAAUUCGAAGUCAAGAUCUGGUAUCGAUUAUCCAGAUAUUGCCGGAUGGACCCCGGGAUUCAUACCGAUUGCUGUUCACACAAGAGACUAUGAUUCUGAUUGUGUAGCGAAUGUCGAAUGCGAUUGUCCGCGAAGAGAUGCGUUGCAAGACAUGGCCCACACGCUGCCAGACUACGUGAACUACACGACAAGUCCGGAGUUCUUGGAGGUGCUUCAAAAUUUGACGACGAACACCGGCGAGAACAUCACAGCAGAUAAUCUUUGGACGGUUCCUGAUGCGUUGCUUUGUGAGAGAAUUCAUUUUUAUGAUAGAUUGAUAUCUGAAAACACGUGGUAUUCUGAUGAAUUUUACACGAAAAUUCAGCGAAUUAAUCAUCGAACAAGUUAUUUCACUUGUGGAAUUUAUGCUAAACCAUCCAUCGUAAACUCAAUUGACGUGGGAAAAGAAAUUAUCAAAAUCCGUAGUGGUCCAAUUACGAACGAGAUUUAUGAUCGGAUGACACAAAAAUUGGAUUGUGCCAAGAAUCCGAAGUGCACAAACCAAUUCAUUCGAAAUCUGCAGUAUUAUGCGUAUUCAGCGCAUGAUGAGACGAUUUACUCGCUGAUGACUUCAUUUGGAAUUGAGGAUAAUGCAGCUCCUGAUCCGGGAGAAUGGCCUGCUUAUUCGGCAUCGAUUUUUGUCGAACUUUUCACUGACAAUAAAAACGAUGCUUAUUUCAGUCUUGUUUACCGAGCAAAUGAGAACGCAACUUUUGUGAGCUUGACGAAAACAAUUCCAGAUUGUAAAUCUCAAGAUUAUUGCCCGAUUGAAGUAUUCAAGAAAUACGCGGAAAUGUACAAACCAGAUCAAGAUAUAACAUCGUGGUGUCAAGUUUUACCAUCCAAUUCAUCUCGCCAAUUUUUCGGAUUCUCAGCUGUCGUUGUUGCCAUAUUUUCCAUUUUCAGGAUUUGA